AUGGGCAGCCGGCCCCGCAGCCCCAGCGCCUACCUCGCGCCCUGCCCCGGACCGUCGUCCGGAGGACCCGGCCCUGCCAAGCGUCGCCGAACCGAGGAGCCUGCGGGCCCGGAAGGCCUGGAGGAGCUGCCAAUCGCCGGCGCCCUCACCUCUGUGGUGGUUCUGGCCGAGGGCUGUGCCCUGCAAGUGCCCCUGGACGACGUCGACCUGGUGCUGGAGCCCGAGCCAACGUCGGCCCUGGAAGUGUCUGUCGGAGAGUUCACCCUCCUGCUGGUCCCCGAGGCCCUCCUGCGCUCAGGAGGGCAGGGCCCCUCGCCUGCCCAGGAACCCCGCGCUUCCCUGGACGUGCCGGGGCACGACGUCGCCGUGCAGCAAGGAUUCUUCCGCGCAUCGGUCCCACAGAUGGCCCCGCAAGAAGAGGUCUACGAGGAAGACGCGGACCCCGAGUUCCUGCAGCCUGGUAUGAACCCUGCACCCGGCCCCGUCGCCGGAUUCCGUCCCUGCGCGGGCCCCUACCUGCUGGGCCCGGUACCUGAGCCCUGUUUUUGGGCUCCCACCCCUAGUCCAGCGAGACGCUCUUCUUUCCGCUAUUUCGACCUGGGCGUCCACGCUCUGGAGCCCUUCCCCACCUCGCCGCUGCAACCUCUACCUCCCUCUCCGAGUCCAGGUCCCCACGUGCGCCCCCAGCGCCCUCCGGGCCCUUCUCGCAAGGCCCGGAGACGCCUGUUCCAGGAAUGA